AUGCAGAGCAGGGACUCGGGCGUCAGACUCCCGGUCCUGCCCACCCGCUGCAAUCUUGGGCCGCCGGUGCUGCAGGCGGCUCUGUGGACGAGGUUUUCACUCCAGUCCGCCCGCACAGCUCCCUCCGGGCCCCGCGUCUCCCCUUUUGGAGCCGCGGUGACGGGCAGGGCGCGCCCGCGGGCCCAGCCUCACCUCCCGCAGCGCCUUCCAGUUCCGGGAAAACUCUUCCGCAGCCGCGGGAGGCCGCACGACAGCGCCGGCGGCGCCUCCCGGCCUCCCGCUUCCUUCCCGCGCCUUGCCCGCGCCGCCCUGCCCCGGACGGCUCGGCCCGCACUUCCCGGCGGGCGCGACCCCAGCCUCCCGGACCCCGGAAGCGACCCCGGAAGCACCCCGCGCGUGUCGCCGCACGUGCGCCCCAAUCCCCGGAAGUGCUCGCCUCUCCCCCACCGGCUGGAAACCAGGCCCUCGCCUCAGGUUCCGCACGACCGGGAGCAAGUGCCCCGAUUUGACGUGGCCCCGUUCACGUGCAUGUGUGAGGACGGGCUCUGGGGGCCACCCUGCAGGGCCCCUCGCUGCUCCCUGAGCGUCCUGGGACAGCUCUUCACCUUCUCUUUCCGGCCCGAGCUGGGCGUCCUCGCUGCCUCCUUCAGCAGUGAGCUCAUGGUGAAUGCCUCCCUCAGGCUGCGGAGGCCACCCCACCACUGCUUCACAGGAGGCCGCGCCUGGCUGCCCCCAGGUGCAGCGGCCAGGGCCACAUACUGCUCGGGCCACUUGGAGGGCGACAUCCUGGUGGGUGCAGACAGGCUCUGUGUCCAGCCAGUGAGGAGGCAGCACGGGGAGCUGGUGCCUCCCUGGGAGGCCCAGCCCCAUCUGAUCCACAGGCCCGCCCCUGCGGCCCCCAUGGUCCCAGGGGUCCUCCAAGAUAUUCUAGAACCUUCCCUCUCAGCCCUGCCUCCUCCCUUGCCAGGCCGUCUUCCUUCCCGUCGCCUCCAGAGAGGGGCUGCCGGGAGCGUCCUGCACCUGGAGCUGCUGGUGGCUGUGGGCCCCGACGUCUACCAGGCCCACCAGGAGGACACGGAGCGCUAUGUGCUCACCAACCUCAACAUGGGAUCAGAACUGCUGAGGGACCCAUCCCUGGGGGCUCAGUUCCGAGUGCACCUGGUGAAGAUGGUCAUCCUGACUCGGCCUGAGGAUGCUCCAGAUAUCACAGCCAACAUCACCUCGUCACUGAUGAGCGUCUGUGAGUGGAGCAGGAUGGUCAACCCCCAGGAUGACACGGAUCCCGGGCAUGCCGACCUGGUCCUCUACAUCACCAGGUUUGACCUGGAGUUGCCUGAUGGUAACCGGCAGGUUCGGGGGGUCACCCAGCUGGGGGGCGCCUGCUCCUCCUCCUGGAGCUGCCUCAUCACUGAGGAUACCGGCUUUGACCUGGGGGUCACCAUCGCCCAUGAGAUUGGGCACAGGGUCGGCUCUUGGUCGGGGACACGGGCUGAGAACUUCCGGCCCCGCCCACCCGAGCCCACCCCUCCAAACGCCCUCAAGUCUCUCCCCAACUCUUUCAUCCCGCCCCCACCCGGUGUCCACCCGGGGCCUGAGCCCAGGCCUUGUCCCAGCGCAGGACGGGCGCGCUGCGUGUGGGACCCGCCGGGGCCGCAGUUCCGGCCCGCGGGGCGCCCUCCGGAGGCGCACCCCGGCCUCUACUACGACGCUGACGAGCAGUGCCGCGUCGCUUUCGGCCCUGCAGCGGUGGCCUGCACCUUCACCAGGGAGCACUUUGACAGGUGUCAGGCUCUCUCCUGCCACCCAGAUCCCCUGGACCAAAGCAGCUGUAGCCGCCUCCUCAUUCCUCUCCUGGAUGGGACAGAGUGUGGCGUGGAGAAGUGGUGCUCCAAGGGUCACUGCCGCUCGCUGGUGGAGCUGAGCCCUGUGGGGGCAGUGCACGGGCACUGGUCUGGCUGGGGUCCCCCCAGCCCUUGCUCCCGCUCCUGUGGAGGAGGUGUGGUGACCAGGAGGCGGCAGUGCAACAACCCCAGACCUGCCUUUGGGGGGCGUGCAUGCAUCGGUGCUGAGCUCCAGGCUGAGAUGUGCAACACCCAGGCCUGCGAGAAGACCCAGCUGGAGUUCAUGUCAGAGCAGUGCGCUGAGACCAACGGGAAGCCACUGCAGCUCUCACCAGGCAGCACCUCCUUCUACCGCUGGGACGCUGCUGCACAGUACAGCCAAGGGGAUGCCCUGUGCAGACACAUGUGCCGGGCUGUUGGCGAGAGCUUCAUGGUGAGGCGUGGGGACAGUUUCCUGGACGGGACCCGGUGUGUGCCAAGUGGCUGGCGGGAGGAUGGGACCCUGAGCCUGUGCGUGUCGGGCAGCUGCAGGACGUUCGGCUGUGAUGGCAGGAUGGACUCCCAGCAGGUGCGAGACAUGUGCCAGGUGUGUGGAGGAGACAACAGUACGUGCAGCAAACAGAGCGGCUCUUUCACGGCUGGAAGAGCCAGAGAGUAUGUCACCUUCCUGACGGUUACCCCCAACCUGACCAGUAUAUAUGUCGCCAAUCAGAGGCCUCUCUUCACGCACUUGGCAGUGAGGAUCCAAGGGCGCUACGUUGUGGCUGGGAAUUCGAGCAUCUCUCUCAGCACCACCUACCCCUCCCUCCUGGAGGACAGCCGUGUCGAGUACAAAGUGACCCUCACUGCGGACCGGCUGCCCCGCCUGGAGGAGAUCCGCAUCCGGGGACCCACCCAGGAAGACAUGGAGAUCCAGGUUUACAGGCGUUACGGCGAGGAGUAUGGCGAGCUCACCCGCCCCGACAUCACCUUCACCUACUUCCAGCCUAAGCAGCGGCAGGCCUGGGCGUGGGCCGCCGUGCGGGGGUCCUGCUCGGUGAGCUGUGGGGCAGGGCUGCGCUGGGUGACCUACAGCUGUCUGGACCAGGCCAGGAAUGAGUGGGUGGAGGCUGCCUGGUGCAGAGGGAGCCGGCAGCCAGCGGCGUGGCCGGAGUCCUGUGCCCCUGAACCCUGCCCCCCAUACAGGGAGGUGUCCGCUGUGCGCUCGACGGCCUGUGGAGCAGAACUGGCUGCGCAGAACGUGACGUGCACGCAGGGGGCAGAUAACCUGGAGCUGCCGGUGACUGCUGGGCCCUGCUCACCAGACGAGAAGCUGCCGGCCCUCGAGUGCUGUGUGGCGAUGACGUGUCCUCCCAGCUGGGGCCAUGUGAGUCUGGACCCCCAGCCUCCCGGGGAGGAGGCUACAUCCCCAUCGGGCAGUGCCAGGCUGGAGGCUCACCCUGCACAUGUGUGGACUCCCCUGGCGGGGCCGUGCUCCGUCUCCUGUGGUCGAGGCCUGAUGGAGCUGCGUUUUGUGUGCAUGGACUCUGCCCUCAGGAUACCUGUCCGGGAAGAGCUGUGUGACCUGGCAAGCAAGCCUGGGAGCCGGCGGGAGGUCUGCCAGGCUGUCCCGUGCCCGGCUCGGUGGGAGACCAGAGCCUUGGCACCGUGCCCAGUGACCUGCGGAGGUGGGCAGGUGCCGCUGGCUGUUCGCUGUGUGAGGCUGGACCACGGCCACUCAGUCCCCCUGCCUCACUCCAAGUGCUGGCCGGUGCCCCAGCCCAGCCCCUUCGAGGACUGCAGCCCGGAGCCCUGCCCUGCCAGGUGGCGGUACAAGCUGGCGGCCUGCAGUGUGAGCUGUGGGGGAGGGGUUGUGCGGAGGAUCCUGUAUUGUGCCCGGGCCCACGGGGAGGACAAGGACGAGGAAAUCCUGCCGGACACCCAGUGCCAGGGGCUGCCUCGCCCCGAGCAGCAGGAGGCCUGCAGCCCGGAACCCUGCCCGCCCAGGUGGAAAGUCACAUCCCUUGGCCCAUGCUCAGCUAGCUGUGGUCUUGGCACCGCCACACGCUCGGUGGCCUGUGUGCAGCUGGACCAAGGCCGGGACGUGGAGGUGGCCGGGGUGGCCUGUUCAGGUCUGGUGCGGCCACAGGCCAGCAUCCCCUGCGUUGUUGCCGACUGCACCUACCGGUGGCACGUCAGUACCUGGACGCCGUGCUCUGUCUCCUGUGGGGGUGGCAUCCAGCACCGGCAUGAUGCCUGCCUUGGACCCCAGGCCCAGGUGCCCGUGCCAGCUGACUUCUGCCAGCACUUGCCCAAGCCAGUGACGGUGCAGGGCUGCUGGGCUGGGCCCUGUGAAGGGCAGAGGACACCUAGCCCAGCGCCCAACAAGGAAGCCACUGCUCCAGGCCAGACCACAGCUGCCACUGCUGAUGCUUCCCCGGAGCGGCCCCAGCCCCGGGCCCACCUCCUCUCCCCAGGCCCCUGGCCUCAGGGACUCCUGCCCGGGCCCCAGGAAAGCCCGGUGGAGUCCAGUGCCUGUGGCCAGCAGUACCUUGAGCCAACAGGAACCAUUGACAUGCGAGGCCCAGGGCAGACUGACUGUGCGGUGGCCAUCGGGCGGCCCCUGGGUGAGGUGGUGACCCUCUACGUCCUCGAGAGUUCCCUCAACUGCAGCGCUGGGGAGAUGCUGCUGCUCUGGGGGAGGCUCACGUGGAGGAAGACGUGCAGGAAGCUGGCCGGCAUGACCUUCAGCUCCAAAGCCAACACGCUGGUGGUGAGGCAGAGGCGCGUGCGGCCAGGAGGAGGAGUGGUGCUGCAGUAUUCCAGCCGGCCCGCCCUGGGAACCUUCCACAGAGAUUGUGACAUGCAGCUCUUUGGACCCCGGGGUGAAAUCGUGAGCCCAUCGAUGAGUGCAGAUGGGAGGAAUGUGGGGGGCUGCCGUGUCUUUAUCAACGUGGCUCCCCGGGCCCGGAUUGCCAUCCGUGCCCUGGCCACCGACGGGGGCAGCAGAACCGAGGGAGCUGAUGCCAGCUACAUCUUGAUCCGGGACAUCCACAGCCUGAGGACGACGACGUUCCGUGGGCAACAGGCGCUCUACUGGGAGUCAGAGGGCAGCCAAGCCGAGAUGGAGUUCAGCCAGGGCUUCCUGGAGGCACAGGCCAGCCUGCGGGGCCAGUACUGGACCCUCCGACCUGGAGCUCAGAAGCCCGGCAGGACCCUGCCCUAGCUUCCUCUCCAAGCGCAUCCCUCAGUUGACGCGAGGGCGCGGUGGGGUGCCUUCUCCCAAGCCUGGAAGGGAAGGAAGGAAUCUGACAUUUAUGAGCGCCUGUUAGGUGCCUGGCCAGCCCUGGAGGGUUGACUCUGGUCUCUGAGUGCUUUCCAAUUUGAAUUCCCUCCAAUCUUAAGUAUUUCCUCUAGGGCCUCCUCCAACGGGCAAAAGGCUGGGAGGUAGAAGGGGGGACUCUCCAGAAAGGCAGCCCCCAGCCCCUCGGGUACCAAUAAACGGAAC